AAAAAAAUGCACAGUAAAACUUGCGUGACAUUGUGGAGAAAACAUUUGGACCUCAAUGCUGCACUUGACUGUCCCUCAAACUGUCCGUUUUGAUGUAUUUUAUUCGGCCCGCCGAGCCGCGCGGAAAUGCGUCCUGGAUCUCAUCUGGUCCGAUCGCCAAAACCAGCAAAUUUCUGCUGAUGCAGUGAUGUCUGGAAAUGUCAAGUGCUCGCGUAUUGCCCCUUAAUGUGUCUCCCCCUUCUGAAUUGCUGUGCAAGAUUUUUCUCCUGCGGUACACUGAACGCUGUUCACGCCACCGUGCCGCCGCGCGGCCACCGACGCUGCAGCUUUGCGUUUCUCUCUUUUCUCUCCUUUUUACCUCCGGCUUUCCUCUCCAGGUUCCCUUGAUUUUCAUCUCGUUAGAUCUCAUCUUGCUUCACCCGCCUACAGGAAUCUGAGGGCACUUUGUGGAGGGGACAGUUAGGUUGGCAAUGAGUAGAGUAAGGUUGUUUUUUGUUGUUGUAAAAGUAUAGGUGCAAUGUGAAGUUACCACAUGAGACCCACCGCUGCGCUGCUGUUGGAUGAUUUUACUCGAGGAAAGGACGCAUUCAAGACGAUUCAAGAUCAGCCCACGGGGCAGCAGUAACAACAGCAGCAGAUGCUUUGGAGAGCAGCAAUGGUCAAGUCAGCGAGAACCGCAGUGGAGCCGCACUGAGGCAAAGCAGCCAACCGCCCCCCUCCCGUAUCUGGGGGACGUCUCUGACAAAUUAAGGGGUGUGGGAAGCUGAGGAGUGGAAAAUUUGAACCUGAAUGCCUGCUCAGUCAGACUAACCGGGAUCCCGACUCAUCUCCUCCUCUUCUUUUCCCGUCCGCCUCUCCCUCCUCCCAAAAAUGACCGUGGUGGCAGGAGAUAACAUGGACGAGACGUCGGCUGUCCCCGGCCACCCUCAGGACGCCUACCCCCCAGACUCCAAUGACCAUGAAUGCUGCGAGAGGGUGGUCAUCAACAUCGCUGGGCUCCGGUUUGAGACACAGCUGAAAACGCUCUCCCAGUUCCCAGAGACGUUGCUGGGCAACCCCAAAAAGCGGAUGCGGUACUUUGACCCUCUGAGAAACGAGUACUUCUUUGACAGAAACCGGCCCAGCUUCGAUGCCAUCCUCUAUUACUACCAGUCUGGGGGCCGGCUGAGAAGACCAGUGAAUGUCCCUUUGGAUAUGUUCUCAGAAGAAAUCAAAUUUUACGAGCUGGGGGUGGAUGCGAUGGAGAAGUUUCGGGAGGACGAGGGUUUCAUCAGGGAGGAAGAGCGCCCUUUGCCUGAGAAGGAGUUCCAGCGGCAGAUUUGGCUCCUCUUUGAGCACCCGGAGAGCUCAGGCCCAGCGAGAGGGAUCGCCAUUGUGUCUGUGAUGGUGAUCCUCAUUUCAAUAGUCAUAUUUUGUUUAGAGACUUUACCACAGCUGAAAGAGGACCCACGGGGUCGAAUGAUAACAGUUGGGAACACUACUGUUUAUUAUAAGCCAAAUAUCCUAACUGACCCCUUCUUCGUCGUUGAGACACUCUGUAUAAUCUGGUUCUCCUUUGAGUUGAUUGUACGCUUUCUGGCGUGCCCGAGCAAACCGGCCUUCUUCAAGAACAUGAUGAACAUGAUCGACAUAGUGGCCAUCAUCCCAUACUUCAUCACGCUCGGCACCGAGCUAGCCGAAGACCCAGAAAAAGAAGGAGUGGGGGAGCAGGCAACAUCUCUGGCCAUACUCAGGGUGAUCCGUCUGGUCAGGGUGUUCAGGAUCUUCAAGCUGUCGCGACACUCCAAAGGGCUGCAGAUUUUGGGACAGACCCUCAAGGCCAGCAUGCGAGAGCUGGGUUUGCUGAUCUUCUUUCUGUUCAUUGGGGUCAUCUUGUUCUCCAGCGCUGUCUACUUUGCUGAGGCAGAGGAGCAAGGAUCCUACUUUGGCAGCAUCCCAGAUGCAUUUUGGUGGGCUGUUGUGUCCAUGACAACUGUGGGCUAUGGGGACAUGGUCCCGGUCACUAUAGGAGGCAAGAUUGUAGGAUCUCUGUGCGCCAUCGCCGGAGUGUUGACGAUUGCGCUCCCGGUGCCCGUCAUUGUGUCCAACUUCAACUACUUCUACCACAGGGAGACCGAAGGAGAAGAGCAGGCCCAGCUGCUCAAUGUCAGCAAUCCCAACAUCCCCUCUGAAACCAACUCCAGCCGCCGCAGUUCAUCCACCGUCAGCAAGUCAGAGUACAUGGAGAUUGAUGGAGACAUAAACAAUAGCAUCGAUAACUUUAGGGAGGCGAACCUCAGAACUGGCAAUUGCACUAUAGCCAACCAAAACUGUGUAAAUAAAAGCAAGCUGCUUACAGAUGUUUAGACACUAGUUAGGAACUUUGGGAUCUCUGUGGAACUGUCAUACUGUAUGUGGAGUAGACCAUCAGUUAGGAAUGCUUCAUUUACCUCCCCAAAGCGCCCGAUGGCAUUAGGCCUUGCUCCGCUACAUGGAAAGAAAUCAGAAAAAUCCAAACAAAGCUCUCAGAGUAUGUGACAAGUAGAUAGAAUAAUUAAUUCUUCGGAUCCUACAAACAUAUAGUUACAUCAAAAACUAUUCCGCGUACACACGGCUCCCCGGAAGACGCAGAGCAAACACUGUCUCAUCGGACGAUGGAGUGAUGAUUCAAAUCUUAUGCAUGGAGUACGGAUAGCAUUUCAGCAAGUUGCACAAUGCACCAGAAAAAGUCUGCAGAGACAUGCAAGCACCUGCAGCCCAGUGGUAAGAAGUUAGGUGACCCCUCACCCUGCCCCCCCCCCCCAACACCCCUCUGCUCCCUCCUCUUUCCCUACUAAGGAUAUCUACUAUUCAGCAAAGCACCUUAUAGGAGGAAGUCUGAUCUCUCUGGUUUGGAUGUAAACAGACGCUGAUCUACUCGCUUCACGGACAUCCGCGAUGCUGCUGUUUCCCAGCAGAUGCGUGUAAUUGUGAAAUCAUCAAGUGAUUCAAUGCCAUGCCCUUUAGACGCAACACAGCACAAUGUUAACGUGAGCUUCACAUGAGCAUGAUUAGAGACUUUCCAUUUUGAUAUUGGCAUGCACGAGACAUAUCUCACAUAAUGGAAAGGAUGUUAUUUUGAAUACCUGCCUCCAUCCCUUCUUCCCCUCUCAUCUGUUUUCAUACAAGUGCACUGGGUGAGUUUUUAAUUUGAAAUGCUAAUCAUUUAAAAGUAUAGAAAUUGAAUGUUAAAUCUUAAGGGAACAGUACAUAAUUGAGAUCAUAGCAUGAGAAAAGUAACCUGCAUUAUGGUCUAUCGACUAAGGUACAUUUGUAUCCUGGUAUAUUUAAUGCAUGACAUGAGUAUUCAGCUUUUUGCAAUUCAGGCACUCUGCAGUGCCCUAUUGUCAGGGAAGCAAAGGGAAUUUAAUUCUGGAUGUUUCCAAACUAUGAUCAAAUAUAUCCAAACCCACCUUGAGGAUGCAGAGUUUAUUAUUUAAAAGUAGUCAAACGGAACAAAUACUAUCAAAAAUGCGUAUAAUUAUAAUAAGCACCAAUUACAGUAUUACGUCAAUAGUGCAGUGCAUGGACCUUUGAACAAGAAAAGUUAACAUAUCAUUACUCAUGCUUCCAUUUCAUAUCACAUUUGACUACAACUUGGUUCGAAAUCCACUAAAAGUGGAUCACUACCAAGUUUAACUUCAUAUUACAGAGAAUUAUUCUGAAAUUAGUUGCUAGUGCCUUUAUCCCUUUCACCAACAGGACAAGUGAAAGUGCCUCCGUGUACAAUGGGAUGUGAGGUUGGGUCGGUUAACCCUCUAUUGUAGUGUUAAUACACUGUUGGUUAUGAUGUUAAUGUGCCACAUGAACUAGGUUGAUACAACAGUUGAUUGUGGUAAAAAAAAAAAAAAACUAACAAAAGAGAAAAGAUGAUCCAUGGCUGUUAUGCACAACCCAGUCUUCAUGCCCUCACGCACUUAAUCUUUCUCUUAAGCAGCAAUGUAUUGUACUCUGCAUGUUUACCAAUCCAAUUUAAAAGAGAAUUUCCAAAUGUUUUAAAGAGAUUUCAUUUAUGUCUUUGCUUUUUGUUUGUGCACCAUGCAUCCUUUCAGGGUCUCUACCUCAGUCAGGUCAUUGCAAACUUGCUGCAGAGCUGCAAGCUUCAAUGCAGGGCUUCCUAUAACCAUAAUGCAAAAUGGAACCUUAAGUGUAAACUGCAGACACGCAACAUUGAAUGUGAGAGUCCCAAAGCAUAGCCUUGACACAAGCACUUAGGACAAGUAGUGUACCAGAAUCCUGCUCCUUCAGUUCACUUAAAGCUACGCACAAUCAGAACAUUCAUAUGUAGAGGCUUUGUAGAGAUGCUUGACUCUCCUAUUGACUGUUUUAUAUUUGGUUUAUUUGAAAACUAUGGUAUCUAAAGGUGCUGUUGUGUCCCCUGAAUGUGUUCCAACAGACAUGAGAAUAAGACAGUGGAAGAGUUUGUUGUUUUUUAAUCUGUCAUCCUGCAAUCCUCGGGCAUUAUGAUGCACGGCAAAGUGCAGCCCGGCUUUUGCACAAUAAUUUUGUUUUUGAUGCUUGAACCAUACAUAGUGCAUUGUUUCUCAGCAUAUGGUUUCAGACUAACUCCAAAUAGGUUUGUAAAAAUUGUAAUGACUACUUGAAAAUCUCCAGCUACUGUACAUUAAUCUACGCUCACUAUUGAGAUGAAUGCACCCAAACAAUACUAAGAUUUUUAUAAUGAACUGUAUGCUAUUUUUAUUUCUUUAGCAAUCUCUUGACGAAGUCCUGUAAAAAGAAGAAGUGCCACCACAGUACUUCUUGAAUGUCAUAAAGUUGUUUCUGUUGGUGCGAUGGCUAUUGUUUGUGGUGCUUGUACAGGACUAGCAUUGUUGUCUUGUAACCACCACAUGUUUUCUUGCACUUUUUCCAUUCUCCUGUUGGGUUAUUAGUGGCUGGUUGGUUGGUUUUGGGCAAUGCCAUUUUAUUUGGUUGAUCUUUGUACUGUACUGCUGAAGAGUGUCUGCCUCAGGCAAGGGAAGGAUUCAACAGCCUUGCUAGAUGUCAGACACUUUUGAUUAGAGCAAAAAAAAGAUGCACAUUUGUGUCAGGGAGCUUCAUAUACAGAAGGACAUAAAUACCACCCAAUACCAUAUAUGAUAUUACUUUAUAUAGAUACAAGGGACUUCUAGUAGUCGUAUUAAUGCAGCUGGAAAUGCUCCAAGAAACUGUUGGCUUUGUUCACAAGUUUCUUGUACAAGUGAUGCUUGAAAGUAGUGAUGUGUGUAACAUGUCCUGCGGAGAACAGCUGAAAGUGAGGUGAAGAAAAUACAAAUGACACCCCUCACAUCAGCAGUGCUGUGAGGGCGUGUGUGAAAGGUGCUAUGCAUUCAAUUAGCCAACAGAAUCAUGCAUUCUCAACAGCAAUAGAAUAACAGACACUGAACCGAACUGUUUCUUAGAUGCUUUUUGUAAAAAAAACAACAACAACAACAACCACACAAGAAAAUAAUCUAUUUUGAAUGUGGGGGAAACUGCGAUGACUUGAUAGAUAACUUGAUAUAAAAACAGGGCUGUUUAUGUACCAACCGAUUACCCUCCGUUCUGUGGUUUUGUAAAGUCAGUGGAGUCAAACGUAGGGGCGAGAGAAAAUCGUGAAAAGUCCAAAUAUAGGCAUCGUAAUAGUGGCAGUCCCCAUUAACCACCCAGGUCGGAGUAGAAGGGUUCAGACGAACGUAUAACACAGUCCCAUCAGCUGCGUGAGAGAAAGUAUGAGAAGGGGCCUAAAUUAUUUUACAUAUUCAUUUGUUGAGCUUACUGUUAGAUGUUAAUGCUUCUGCAAACAAACAUGAGUGAGAAGAUUUAAAAAAAGAUGACGACAUUAACAUAAUUAAACAAUAAGAAAAAAACAGAAAUGUCAUGAGAACAAAAUGCAAUUUAGCUACAAUAAGAUAGAAACAAGUAUCCACUAUAUACAGCAAUUACGUAUGACAAACAAUUUUAAUGUGUUUUAAUUUUCUCCAUUUUUGGGUGACACUAACGUGACUGAUUUAGGAAGAACAUGCCAUAUACCAGAAUGUCAAAGACAAUAUGUCCCUUUGGCAAGCCAUGAAAUGAAACUACUGUUUCAUUUGCUAUACACUAAAUGAUAUGGACAAGAAGUGUACUAUUUUAGAAGCAAACUUUUUGUUUGUCUUUUUGGUUUUAAGAAAAAGGAUUCAUUGAAACACCAUGUUUUCAUUUUUUUUUCAAUCUCCCCUGCUGAACCUGCUGCAAAAUGUAUCUACAGAAACCUACUAAUCAAAAAAAACUGCAUGGUCGAUGGAAGACUGCAUGAGUUUUGCCUUUCAAACUGUGGAUCAACUAUAAUACGGUUGCCUCAUUUAAAAAAAAAGAAACCCUUGCUGUCAUCUGCACCAAGGCUUCCUGCAAGGUCCUGUUCAAAAGUGGUCGAGAAGCGUGUCCUCUGCUGGAUUUCUUAAAAGCACCUUAGCGCUGACCUUUUCACUAAAGACGGCGUCGGGCAUCCGAGCCGCGCUCAGCGCCGGCGUGCGAUUGUUGGGUUGCGUUCGCUAGGCUCUGAAUGUGAGCGAGGACAUUAAGGGCUAGUUUCUCAAACUCUAUCUCUAUUUUUGGACUGAAAUGCUCUUUCGAGUGACAUUUUGCCCCAUUCCUAGACUGUAGUGAUACGGUGUGAAACAUGCCCAUCAUGUCUACACAGGGCCACACACACUCCUCUGUGCUACAUUGGUUUCAAGGCAUUCUUGUUUGCUAAAGGCGUUGAUGUUGGACAGCUUUCUGUCUGCUGAGGAGGCGCUGAACAGGAUCAAAUGUUGGGGUGUUGCGUACCUGGUUCGCCAAAGGCCAGGGGAAGAUUGUGACUGUGUUAGAAGUGUGACGAGAAUGCACAUUUAAUCGCUUGUGGGGUUUUGGAGCAAAGCGCAAAAAGGACUGCUGAACUCUUCCGCUCUUCUUUUCAUCCAAACUCUGAUUGUGUUAUCUAAUCCAGCCAUCAUUGUCAUGUUGUGUUUACCAAGGAUUAUGCUGCAAUGUGCUCAGUCUGUCAGAUGAUGACAAAGGCAUGGUCUGUGAUCUAUGCAAGGGUUAUUUUGUUUUAUCUUAUGUCACUUAUGAUUUCAUCUUACAUUAACUUCAAUAAAUUUUUAAGGAUCUG